AUGGCUGUACCAUCUCAAUAUGCCGGCUUGGCCGCAACUUGGAACCUCCAAGCGGACCAACUUCAAUCAGAUCAGGUUGUCAUGCUGAACACUGGGUCAACAGAGAGUGUUUUCCAACCCGAUUGCCGCACCUUGGUUGAAGAGUAUGAUUAUAAAGAUGGUGGAAAGUACCGCUCAAUUGUCAAGCUCGAAAUGUCUUAUGAGGGAGGUCCGGCCAGUCGUUCCAUGGGAACUGGAUGGUUGAUCACUCCUGACCUCCUGGUGACGGCGGGACACUGUGUCUACGACCACAAGAACCAAGAACGGGGGGCUACGGCCGAAAAGAUUGUCACCACCGGGGAAUGGGUCGACUCUAGCAACAACCGCCACAAGGAUGUGGCCUUCAUUCAACUUGACAGGCCUUUCACUGGCAACCUUCGUCUAUUUGGCUACAAGUCAACUCCCAUCAAGGGGUAUGAGAUGAUUGGCGUUGUCGGAUACCCUGGAGACAGGACCCUCUCCGACAGAGAUGGUAUUGAGGAGCAGGGUGCCCAGAUGUACGAGCUGUUUGGAGCGAUCAUGUAUAACCGGAAUGAGAACGUUCUGCAGAUGCUGCAGUACAAACUUUCAACCUUUGGCGGCCAGUCUGGAGCUCCCGUCAUCCGCAAGAAGACACCAAAUGUGUCUAUUGCUGCUCACUGCUACGGAGGAGAGGAGAAGAACUCUGCCAGCCCCAUUGGGGCUAAUAGCAAUGAUUAUGAUGCCUAUCUCAAGGUCUUCUCGUCUUCCUACCCAACAGUGGUGACCGUGCGUGAUAUCAGCUUUGUCCAACUUCCUGUUCCGAUCCAACCUAUUAUGCCGACGCAGCCCAUCAUCCCAAGUCAACCCACUAUGCCAAUCCAACCCAUUUUUGCAACCCAGCCUCUUAUUCCUGUGGAGCCAAUCGCUCAGUCCCAACCUAUGGUCCAGUCUCAGCCUAUUAUUCAGACUCAAGCUGUUCUGAACCCACCCGUUGUCCCAAUCUACCAGGACAGCAUCGUUGAGGAAAGCUUUGUUGAAAUUGUCAAGGCCGUAUCUGAUGUUACAAAGAGGGAAAUGCUGGAUCGCUCUCCAUUCUUCGGCCCGCUGGGCGGUCCUCUCUCUGCUUUGGCGGGUGCUGCUUUGGAAGUCAUCGCCAAAUUUGGAGGCCCCGAGUCGAUGAUGAAUCUGCAGAAGGCUACAUCGGGCUCGACAGAGCGGGCUAUUCUUGCAGAAGCAACUUUGCAGUCUGUCCUACAAAUCACCGACCACGAGCUGUCAGAGAGACUCAUGAGUGACAUGCGAGUCACCUACCUCCAGCUUGCGCCUCAUAUUACCAACCUGGCACCAAAGCUGUUCCCUGUUCUGAGGGACUGCGCUCUACGCCUUGCCGUGAACCAGGACUAUCUAAGAAAGAGUGAAAAUAUCCGUCUUGGCAGCCCACGGGCCUUGUUCAGUGGUCUGGACUCCUUUGAUCCUUCUCGCCCUGCUUUUGUGAACGGCCUCUUUGGUCCAACCCGACCAGUCUUGGCCACUGAAGGUUUCUUCAGUGGAAUAGGAAAUGUCCUUGAUCAGGCUGUCAACAAAGUGGCUGAUAGCUUCAACAUUCUGGAGCCGCCCGGUCUGAAGCUAAUUAACGAUGCAUUGGCAUCUAUCAGAAUCGAAAGCAUGGAGACUUCCCAGCCUACCGAGAAGGAAGACCUUGCCGCGACGAGGUUAAUCACGCAGCGCGCUAUAAUGGCAGAGGCAGCCCUUCGCGCGGUCAUGAAGCUCGAGCAACGUGACUUUCCCCAGCCUUGUCAGACAGAGUCCUAUGGCGCCGAGGGUUUCUUCGACAUUAUCAAGUCCCAAGUGCAAGUCAUGGGCAAAGAUGUUCUCAAAUACGCCCCCAGUGUCAUCAAUGCCCUUGCCCCCACUGUCAUGGGUCUUUUGAGUCAGACAAAUUCUAUUUCUGAAUCUACUCUCGCCGUCCCGAGCCCAGGCCUCAGAAGAAGACGGUCUUUCGCAGAUAUUGCUGAUCAGUCAAACGGAUCUUCUACUCCUCUGAAUGGCAAUAUCAACGGCACCUUCUUCAACGGCGUUACAAGCGAUGCUGCCGUGAACAGCUACACAAACGACCCUUCCGUGAAUAACUACUCCAACGGGAUAUCCAAUGGCUACACAAAUGGUACACCCUUACAGGUUAGUGCACUCCAGCGACAGGAUUUCCUUGAACGCGUUUCACCCAUGUACACUCCCGAUCCCUCUGAGUUCCUAGCCCCGAACAAGGAUGGUCUCAUCUUUACGGGCCCGCCCCUCCACUAA